AUGGCGCCCAAGAAAAAGGAAACGCCAGCAACUGGCCAGCUUCUGAUCUCUGUCGCAGAGUUCAGGAAGACCCGCGACUCGGUCAUUUUCAAUCUCCACGAACUCCAGAAUGGCCUGGUCAACGUCCAGCACGGCAUCACCAGUCUCUUGGAGAGCUACAAACAGCACUGCCACUCGGUCCUCGGCUACGAAGAGGGUGCGACAACACCCUACAACAACGAUAUCGCUACACUCGGCGCUGCCGCUUCUGCCGCCUCCGUCCUCGAAGCUGGCCAAAAAGCCGUCGAAGAAGUAACCCAGGGCCUCGGCGACAAGGCGGGUGACGCGAGCAAGAGCAAGAAGCGCAAACGCGAGAAGAAGGAGAAGGACCCCAAUGCGCCCAAGAAGCCGCUCACUGCUGCCUUCUUGUACCACCAACAUGCGCGUCCCAUCGUAAAGGCCGACCUUGAGGCCGCGCUUCCUCCAGGCGGCCAGAUAGAGAAGAAUGCUGUCCAGAUCGAAGUGAACAAGCGCUGGAACGAGCUCUCAGAGGAGGAGAAGGAGCAAUGGAAGGCGUCUUACCGCAAUUCAAUGGAGGAGUACAAGACCGCGUUAGCUGCAUACGUCGCAAAUAAGGGCAUCAAGGACGCUGAGCUUAUCGAAGAGGAUGACGCUUCCGACGAGGCCGAGCCCGAAGUAGAGGCUGAAGUCGGCGCCGUCGAUUCCGAUGUAUCCUCUGAAGACGAGGAUGAAGCACCAGCUGCCAAAGCACCCUCUCCACCUGCAAAAACUCCACGCAAGCGCCAGAAGACAACUCCAGCUGUCAAUGGCAACUCAAUCCCCGUCUCCAUCGCUCCCGCUGCUACUGCUUCAACUCCAGUCCCACUUCCGACCUCCCGCACAGCGCCGCAAACGACAGCCCCUGCCUCCAAUGCCGUCGCCGAGACACCUGCGAAGAAGGAUAAGAAGAAGAAAGACAAAGCCGCACCACAGCCUAUCGCCCCUGCUCCAGCCACCUCCCCCGACGAGCCCAGCCCCGAGGAGACUGCCAGCAAGAAGAAAUCCAAGUCUGGCCGUAGCACACGCAACAACGAGGUCGAGGGCGACAAGGAGAAUACAGCGCAGGAGAAGGAAAAGACUGAGAAGGCCGAAAAAGCCGAGAAAGCUGGCAAGGAGAAGAAGCGCGAUCGCAACAAGAGGAAGAGCGAGGUUGCUUCAACCUAG